GUCGGUAUUUCAUUCUCAAAUUGAGUACUCUCUACAAAGGAGAAUUUUACACACACGUGAAUUUUGUUUUUCUAAUUUGUACAUUUUACAAAAUCUUGAAAAUGUCAUCCUGGAAAAAUGCCAGCAAGGCUGGUGCUCGUUCUUACAAAGAGAGAAGUCAGCCAGCAAGUCGAUCUCACCUUGGUGCUUUGGAAAAGAAAAAAGAUUACAAGCAAAGAGCUGAAGAUCAUCAGAGGAAACAAAAUACACUAAAAGCUUUGACACAAAAAGCUCUAGCAAGGAAUCCAGAUGAGUUCUACUUUAAUAUGGUUAAAACUAAAAAGAGGGAUGGGAUACAUCAGCUUAAGAAAACAACAGAGGUUUACACACCUGACCAGAAAAAACUCAUGUUUUCUCAAGAUCAAAGAUAUGUGAACAUGAAAAGAUCCUCUGAAUUAAAGAAAAUAGAGCGGUUGAAGUCAUCAUUACAUAUGGUAGACAACACUGAAGAGCCACAGAAUAAACAUACAGUAUUUGUAGAGUCAAAGAAAGAAG